AAAAAAAACUUAAAUCCUGAAGAUUUAUGGUACUUUUGUUCUUGCCAAGGUCCACCCAUGAAAAAGUAAGUGCACUUAGUAUGUUGGUCAUAUGCCAGACAGAAUACUUUUCUCAGAUAUCUCACCUCCUUUAACAUUUUUUUAGUUAAAGUAAAGUCAAGGAUAAAACGGGAAAUUUAGGAGACCAACUGAGAACAAAAGUAAUUGCUAUUAAUAUAAGGCAGGGCUUGACACAUUUGUUAAGAAUCCAGGAGCCAGCAAAACAAGGUAGGAGCCAGGAUGCAGCAUGUCACUUAAUGGGACCUCACUACGCAACAGGACAUUAUGUGACAUCAUAAGAUGCUUCAUUAGUGUCCUCCUCAUCUCUCCGUGUUAGUUAUUACUGUCUCCUCAUCUCCCAUGUGUCAGUUAUAACUGUCCCCUUAUCUCCCCCGUGUGUCAGUUAUUAUUGUUCCCUUAUUUCUCCCUAUGUGUCACAGUCAUUGCUGCGUGUCACCUAAUCUCCCUCAAGCCCCGAUAUAAGGAUCUUUUUUCUGCUCUGGAUGGAGUCAAUAUUGAAAAACACCCCGUGGCACAUUGGAAGAGCUCAGCCGUAACACAAAUAGCCAUAGCAUGACCUAGAGCCAAACUCUUGUGUGCAAUACCUGGAUUGUUUUAGUUUACUAUUCUUUUAUGCAGGAAUAUUGGUCAACAUAUAAACACCACAACAAUGACAACUGAAACCUAUGAAGAAUACAAUCACACCGAUCACUUUGAUUAUGACAGUUAUGAUGAAGUCUGCAUGAAGCAUGACAUCCGAAGAUUUGCUUCAGUUUUUCUCCCAGUUUUCUACUCUGUUGCAUUUGUGGUUGGCAUAGCUGGCAAUUCUUUAGUGGUUGCCAUUUAUGCAUACUAUAAGAAAAUUAAAACUAAGACUGAUAUCUACCUGCUGAAUCUAGCAGUGGCGGAUCUGCUGCUCCUCUUCACCCUUCCAUUCUGGGCCGUAGAUGCUUCCAUUGGUUGGCAGUUCGGAAAAGCAAUGUGCAAGAUGACCUCUGCCUUGUACACUAUAAACUUCAGUUCUGGUAUGCAGUUCCUGGCUUGCAUUAGCUUGGACAGAUACUUUGCAGUGUUUAGAGUAUCAACCCAUCAAAACUUUAGAAGAAGAUGCUGGGCAAUUUGCCUCUUCGUAUGGAUCACUUCAUUGUUGCUGAGCAUCCCAGAUUUACAAUUCAGUGAGGUAAAGGAACACAAUGGAAAGAAUGCCUGUCUACCAACAUAUCCUAAAGAUUCUGUAAAACAGGUUACUGCUUUCAUUCAGAUUCUUGAAACUGUAUGCUGCUUUGUAAUCCCAUUUACUAUCAUGAUGUACUGCUAUUCUGCUAUGGCCAAAGUCCUUGUUAAAACACCAAACAUUAAAAGAUCUCGGUCACUGAAGGUCUUAGUGGCAGUGGUGGGAAUGUUUCUUAUCACACAGCUGCCAUACAAUGCUGUUAAAUUCUGGAGGGCCAUUGAUAUAGUAUAUGCUUUGAUAACAAGCUGCCAGAUCAGCAAAACCAUAGACAUAAUGAUGCAGGUGACAAGUAGCAUGGCCUUAUUUCACUGUUGUCUCAAUCCGCUACUUUAUGCUUACAUGGGGACUACAUUUAAAUCUUAUGUUACUAAAACAGUGAAAAAGGUUGGCUCUUGGAGAAGACAAAGAACUCAGAGUGUUGAAGAGUAUUCUAUGUAUUCUGACAAUCAUGUAGAGGAAACAAACAGUUUUUCUAUCUAAUUAGCUUUUAAGUUUUAAUAUACCUGUAUAAUAGUAUGAGAAAUCUAUUGACAUGUUAUAAAAAUGUGUUACCUUUCUUGUUAGUCUUCAGGUGGUGAACAAAUUCCGUUACUUGGGGGUGGGGUUUUCUGCUUUUCUGGGAGAUUUUCUACCCUUGAACGCCAAAACAACAGGGCGGCUUGGCGGCUAUGAAUAUGCACAACUAUUUCCUUGCCUCUCAGCUGGUGUAUGUGGCCUGGUGGUUUGACCUGGAUCUCUUUAAUGAGAGUACGGCUCUGGCUGGUGCGCUCAUGGGUUCGUAUGAAUCCCUUACUAGUACGUUGUACAGAUAUUCUCCCUCUUCGUCUUUACUAGGUCCCAUUAAGACUGUGGCAGUGGUUUGGUCGGUGAUGUCCACAGCCUGCUGUCUCUCCUAGAGCACCCCUGUGGGCGAAUGUACAUUUCCCUCAUCUGCAGGGGUUGGAGGCGGUUGGGUUUUGGACCACCCAUGGAGUCAAUUUUGCCAUUCACUUGUUUGGGGAGAACCACUUGUUCCCUUUGGUUUUAAUGUCCAUCAAGGUGCCUUUUAUCGGUAUCUCCAGCUGAGACAUGCGGUUCAUGCCAUGCCCAGUUUGGCUCCCUGGAAGUUGCUCCUGCCUUUUCUGAUGUGGAGUUGCUCCUGGGUACCACUGACCUCUCCAAGCCACUCACGCAGGCGUACGCAUUACUCCAAUACGUGGGGCCCAGUCCCUUUGCCCUAGCCUAUCCUAAAUGGGUGGAGGAUGUGCCUACUUUGUCUGAGGAUUAGUGGAAGGAGGUUGAAAUUACUUAUUAUGCCACGGUAGUUAGUACUAGAAACCUGCUGAUACAAUCCUGCUUAAUUCUACAUGUCUAUUAUACUCCUGCUAAACUGAAACGUAUUGGAGUUUCUCCCUCUGUGUUUUCGAUGUUCGCUAGAUGUGGUGGCAUUUCUGCAUGCAGUGUAGAGUUGUCCUUGUGUGGCUCCUUCUUGGGGAGCGGUGAUGCAAUUUUUGGCGGACCACUUAGACUUUCCGUUUAUCCUGUCUCCCGAGGAUUGCUUGCUGGAUCUUGUUAAUGGAUUGGAGUUGGGCUCCCAUAGACAUAUUCUUCUUAGUUUUCUUUGUUUUUGUGCACGCAAGGUCAUUAUUAUGGCUUGGAAGGACACUACAACACCCCCUAUCUCACGCUGGAUCAGUCGGAUUAAAAAGUAUGUCCCGCUGUAUCAAACCUUAUAUACCUGUCAUAAGUGCCCCAAGAAGUUUAAUAAAAUCUGUAUGUCCUGGUUGGUGUUGGAGGCUUCGACUGACCCUCCUGGGCAGGUACACUCGCCGGUCAGAUUUAGUCUAAGCUUUCUGAUGGGGAGGGGGGAAUCUUUCUGGGGAUUGAAUGGCGAGUAUAUGGUUGUUUGUCUGUUGUUUCUUCUUCUUUACUCUUCACUUCUUUACUCCAGGGGUUGCGCAGAGCAUGCCUCACUACUGAUUUGAUGCUGCUGCAGAAUGAGGUUAACUAAUUUCUGCUAUUAAUGUAGCAUUCCUUGAUGUAUGCUUUCUUGUGGCAAGUUGUAUGUGCUCUAGUCAUCUGGGCACCACUGGCGUGGCUACCUGGAGUGUUGUUAUUUUGUUUAUUGUCAUAAUUUAAAAUUGCAAAAAUAAACACAAAAAAAAUAAUAAAAAA